CGGCCCGCGCCCGGCCCCGCCCCUCCGCCCCCCCGCCCGGCCGCCGCCGCCAUGGAGUCGAACCGGGACGAGGCGGAGCGGUGCAUCGGCAUUGCGCUGGCCGCCGCCAAGGCCAACCAGCCCGACAAGGCCCGCCGCUUCCUGGAGAAGGCGCAGCGCUUGUAYCCCUCGCAGCGGGUCCGCGUUCUGCUGGAGUCACUCAACAAGAGCGAGCAGUCAGCCAAUGGCCAGUCCCAGUCCAAGGAAUCCACCAACCCUCAGUUCAGGAAAAUGAGCGGAGAUUUUGCRUCGGCCAACGGGGAGGCGGGAGGGGAGGCCCCCAAGGGCUACACUCAGGACCAGCUGGAUGCAGUGAAGAGGGUAAAGCAGUGCAARGAUUACUAUGAAAUUCUGGGAGUGAACAGAGAAGCUUCCGAUGAGGAUCUGAAAAAGGCGUACAGGAAACUGGCACUGAAGUUCCACCCGGACAAGAACCACGCUCCGGGGGCCACAGAGGCGUUCAAAGCCAUCGGGAACGCGUACGCCGUKCUGAGCAACCCGGAGAAGAGGAAGCAGUACGACCAGUUCGGAGAUGAGAAACUCAACCCCUCCCGGCACGGCCACAGCCACUCGGACUUCCACCGCGGCUUCGAGGCCGACAUCUCCCCCGAGGACCUCUUCAACAUGUUCUUUGGGGGUGGCUUUCCUUCUAGUAAUGUUCACGUGUACAGCAACGGCAGGAUGAGAUACACCUACCACCAGAGGCAGGACAGGCGGGAGCACCAGGGGGAUGGUGGCCUGGGGCUGUUCGUCCAGCUGAUGCCCAUCCUCAUCCUCAUCAUCGUGUCUGCUCUCAGCCAGAUGAUGGUCUCCAGCCCACCCUACAGUUUGAGCCACAGGCCGUCCGUGGGUCACACGAACAGGAGGAUCACAGAGCACUUGAAAGUGCCCUACUACGUGUCUGAGAGCUUCGCCGAGGAAUACACGGGCACGAACCUGAAGAACGUUGAGCGGAGYGUGGAGGACGACUACAUAGCAAACCUUCGGAAUAACUGCUGGAAAGARAAGCAGCAGAAGGAAGGCUUGUUGUACCGGGCACGCUACUUCGGGGACUCGGAGCUGUACCAGCGGGCGCAGAGGAUGGGCACCCCCAGCUGCAGCAGACUGUCAGACGUCCAGGCCUCCCUGCAYGCAUAGCCCUGCCCAGGCAGGAGCAGGGAGCAGGGAACCGUAGCGCUUUUCUCACUGAAACCCCGAUUGAGACGCAGACCUGCGCGAGUCUCCUUGGGGCGCACACGCUGGCCUCCCCUCCGAGCGCUCCCUCGUCAACCAGGAAUUGAUUGGGUUUAGUUUGCAUGUCGGCACCCUCGGCUCUCUCUGGGCUCUCUCUGGCCUCUAGGUACGGGGCAGAAUCCUUCGGGGAGGUUGGAAGUUUCUCACUGGCCGUGGCAUCCGGCCAUGCAUUUUAACAGACCCUUUUUUUUUGGUUGCUUUAUUGCCUGUUUUACUGGAAAAGCUGUUGUCCCUGGCACGUGAGGCGACACGAUGACAGGGAACCGAGUCCCACCCAACAGAUGUUCCUUGUGCUGUCCCACCCCCCUCCUUCCUGUUGCCUUCCCAUUCAAGGAGAACAAAGCAAAUGUGCCCAGCAGGUUGUAGAAGUCACUUACUGGGUUAAACUGGGAGUCAAAGUGAAAGCAGCUGAAGGGGGGUCUGGAAGAUUUGGUUGGUUGGAUUAAGGAGAGCCCAGAUAAUGCGUGUGAGACUGGAUGUGCUGGGAGAGCUGCACCAAAACUAUGAAAAAGUUUGCCACAGGGUUUUGGAGUCCUUUUUCUGCUUACAUUUCUGGGCUGAUUUCACCUGCCAGGUACUGCUGGGCUGGCUGUGAAAUGUGCAGGUUCCACUAUCCCAAAACAGGAUUUCUAUAGAAUAACUCCUGGGUGAGGCUUGGUCCAGGUGUUGUAUGGACACCCUUCCAGCUCACAGGGACUUMUUGAGGAUCUCAGCCACUGAGCUGCUUGACUGUGCAGUUUUGGGGGUUGUUUUCCUGGGCAUCYGAAAGUUUGAUCUGAUUUAAAGCAAAUCCUCCGGGUUUUUUUGGGGUGUAUCCUGGUUUUGGAUCCAUUUUUGGGCUCUUCUUUGGAUGACUGCACCUCUUCUGGUGUUAAAGAGCUGCUUUCCAUUAAUUCUCCCCCUCACCUGUGGUCUGGAAGGAGCCUGGAAAAGCUGCUGCCUGUGUUUGGGGUGGGGAAGGAAAGGGGAGUCACAGAUUGUCUGGAGACCAACACUGCUGCCACUUUUGUU